UUAUUGCAAUCUGAAGGCUGUCCACAAAAUCCAAAGGAGAGUAAGAAUGGAGUAGUUUCCAAGAAGCUUCCUUCUCCGUUUAAGCCCCACCACGCCAAAUCUGGAGGGCUUCAUUGAAUUGCAUUGCAUUUCUGUCUGGUCAAACAUUUUAUCCAUCAACAUUCCGACAUUGCAUUUGCAUGCAAGAAAAUAUCUGCUGGUCUCUUGUGUGUGGCAGAAUGGGUGGAAUCGUGUCUACUCCUCCGACCAACAAGUUUCCGUUGCCGACCAUGGCAACUGCUAGCGACUAUGUUUGGCCAUCGAAACUUCUCGUAAAUGUUAGUGUCGAGAACAGCUUGGGCGCAAUACAGGUGCUGAUGUCGCCGGAAGACACUGUCGCCGACUUGGUAAAGGCAGCAUUGCUAAUUUAUCACAAGGAGAAAAGGAGGCCUCUCUUGAAAGACAAUGAUCCAAAAUGCUACCACCUUCACUAUUCUCCCUACACCCUCCAAAGUUUGAAGCCAAAUGAGAAGCUGAAGAACUUGGGGUCAAGGAAUUUCUUUAUCUGCUUGAAGCCUCCCGCAUCUAUUUUGUAGGCACUGCACAUGUAUAUGGUAAUUGAUUUUGCUUUUCAUUUGAUUUGAGGAUGCUGUUCAUGUUCUCCCAAUGCACUCUUGCUGCAAGUUUAGGACAUCCUCCCGACCACUUUGUGAUGAACAGAAUUUCUUUACUAUCUGAAUGUACAUUUUCCAAUGGAUUCGAUUGCCUUUGUUGUAUAUACAAUUUAAUGGAAAGAUAUAUGUAUACACUAAGGUAAUCAUAUGCCAAUGUUUGCAAGUCAAGGAACUGUGGUCUAAAUUAAAAGUUGUUUUUCA